AUGCUGCCCCGAACCAAUGAUCCCAUUGGCCCGACCGGCGGAAACAGAAAGCAAGAAGGCCUCCAGAAAUCAGCGCGUACCCGCACCAAGGUCCCUCGCAACGAGCUCUACCAAAACGAAAAUGCUACUGGGCUAGCAACAGCUUCUGCUCCAAAGCAACGAUCCAACCUUACCUCCGCACUAGUCAGCAAACCUCUCUCCGGGAGAGUUCUGCGGCCUAUCAGCGUCAAUAUCUCGACCCCCGUCAAUUUAUCUCCACCCAUCAAACCCAAUGUUCGACGUUUCAGAUCAGGAAGUGAAAGCAAGAUCAAAUCCCUUCAGCCUGUCGACGAUCCUUCUGAUGUCGACGAUCCCUCUGAAUCCUCUGGCCGGCCGCCGAGCGACUCAUGUAAAACCUCCGUCUUCAGCCAAACCCACUCCGUUGAAACAUCUUCUGUACUGGUUGGAACGAGCCAGUUAAGCUCUCAAAACUUGCAGACGCUGUCUGAUAUGCUCCAGAGCAGCCAGCCCCCUUCGGUGAAAAUUGCCAUGCGCGAAAACGCUGGGCGAGAUCACCUCAAACCAAGUGGGGAGGGAAUCAGUGAGAAGUUGUUUAGUCUAGCACCCACCCUGGGCUCUUCUCGAAGAUCCGACUGCUCUCCAAGCGAAACUCAUACCUCCCCGCAAGACUCUCCGGUCAGCGAACCAACGAUUUUACGCUCGACUUUCUUCAACGUGGGUAUCAUCCUGCCCGCGCGCUCAAGUGAGGACGGCAGCCCUGAAAAGCUUGAAGUUGAAAACUCGGCUCGUUCCUCAGAAUCUACCCAGGUGCGGCUGACGUUGCUGAGGUUGGAGACCAUGAUUCUCAAACAACGGAGAGUCGAUUUUGAGCCCACCGAGACUGGAUCUAAGCUCAGCCAAAGUAACGAGAACCGCGAGCAUUUCGGUGAGAAUGAUCUUGAAGCCCAUAACAUCGGUAGCCAAUCAGACGAAACCCUUCCGUCGAGAAAGAUCCCGACUGUUGGCAAAGUCAGAUGUGCGCUCACGGAGUCUGAGCGACUGUUAGGAAUCAAAUGGAUUCACAACGUCGAUACCACGUUGACUUCGAAUCCUCAUAUUACACCCCAAGUGCGAUAUCAUGCGAGUCUGCUAUUUUCUCUCUACUGGGGCUCCCGAUCUCCCAAAGUACCAAAAGCCGAGGGGGUAUCGACCUCGGAACCAAAAACAACACGUGACUUGUCCGCAGACAGGGAGGCAAAAAAGAAGUUGAAGUUGAUUGCAGCUACGGCUAUGGCUUGUCUCACAUUAACAAUCAAGUGGUACUUUGAUUUUUGCAAGCCAUUAUUCACCUUGCAACUGAUGAGCUUUUGCAAAACCACAGAUUUCAGGACUUUCCGAAUCACGCCGGAAGAUCUGAUCAUCGCCGAACGCGCAAUACUGUUUUCCUAUCCGGUAGCAGGCGGACUGUGGCUCGAUUCUCCCCAUGCCUUCUUGGAGGAGCUGAUCCACGUUAUUCCUUCUCUACGACUCUUGAGCCAAGUUCCUUCGUAUCUAUUGUUACAAAGGGGAAAGGUAAGUGGCGCCAACGACUCCAAAAUGGGCCAGCCCCCAAAGACUGCCGUACGUUGGGACUGGCCGAAGGUUGUCAAUCAGUUCGAAAGAACUCUUGCGAAAGCAACGAUGUGGCAAGAGGUUUUGGCUUUUGAGCCAUCCGUUCUAUGCGUUGUUGCACUGUACAUAGCAUUAGAUGGCGUAGAAGCUGGAUAUCAUGAAAAAAACAAUGGGUAUCAUGAGAUAAACGACACUGCGAGAGUAUCAUCCGACCCCGGCGUUCUUACCCGUGAAGCUUCCCCAUUUCCCGGCCAAGGAUCGUGUCCCGAGGCCAAAUUUGCGGCGAAGGGACAAGAACCAGCAAGUGUACCGUCGGCCGACUUGAACGACACCAAGGGACCGUGGAUUUGGAGAUGGGUGGAUAUCAACGAUACGAUGGAUCAAGUUUGUCGGACCACGCAGGUUUCGGGCGAUGACGUGGAGAGCUGUCUUGACUGGUUCUGCCAAUCGGAAUCCUUUUAA